CAGAACUGAAAGGUCAAGAUACGUUAAAGUUACGUUGUCAGUCUAGCUUAGACAAUAUCAAAUGCCGAGCAAAGUUUACGGCGAUUUCACAUUAUCCACUGUAAUUUUCUUGCUGAGAUUUAUCAUCUGGCUCGCUUGAGUCAGUAAGAUUUAGUGAUUCAUGUUUGGUAAGUUAACUGACAGCAAGCAGUUUUAAAACAUGUGAUGCAGAUUUGACAAUCUAGGAUCUGUGUGGGUUGUUUAAAUCUUCUGUAGGAAAAGAGGAAAAACACAACUAAACUUCAGUUUACUGGUAAUCAGAUUUUAAGUAGUUAGGGGUAGAAUUUCUUGCUUUGCCUCCUUACAGAAUGUUGGAUAAUGAGCACAUUUCUCUACUCAUUUCCAAAAUCACUAUGUUAACCCAAGGAGAUGAAGUCAAAACAUUGCACAAAAGCUCCCCAGUUUAGAUCAUUAUAUUUCGCAACAAAAACAAAGAGUCGUGAGUCGCAACACGUUGAGACAUAUGUAAAUGUGUGAACAAAUAAGUCAACCACUAGUUCUCAGUAAGGAGGACCCCAGACAGACUUCACAACUGCAUAUAGCUCACUUAUACGACCAUCAGCUUCGUGUAUUACCUCUCACAUGUCCAAUCAUACUUCCGAAUCUGGGAGUUGCUUGCGUGAUAAAACUACCGGUUGCAGGCAACUAUGAUGAAACACUGAGCAACCGCAGACCCUCACAUUGGGGGAGGGCGGGUAAUGUUUCGUAGACGUGAGGCAAGACGACGCACAACGAACCAUUGUAAGUCUGGUCUUUAACGACCAGGCCGAAUCUCGACAACUCCAGAGGUGGACUAGAUUGACUUAUGCCCUUCUGGUACUCACCGUACGGCUGGAGGUUUCAUUCUCAUCCAUCUCACCUACAGUACCACAGACACAAUGCUACCUCUAACGGUUCAUCUGCAAAAGGAUUGUCACAAGGAUUGGGUUUUUGAUUUGCGGUGGCUAGAUGAUACUUGUCUAGCUUCAUGUUCACGUGAUUCAUCACUGGCUCUAUGGCGUAUUCCAUCUUCCGAUGAAAAUGUGUCAGGAAGGGUUAACAACAGUAUACACAAAAACACUGGAGUGAAAUCUGGUACUUCUGUAUUGCAUAUCAAAAGUCCAGUUGCAUAUGCUAAGUCAUCCUUGUCAGACGAUCGUUUCCGUGCAUUGGAAUACCUCCCUACGCAGACUAAUUUGGCAGUUGUAUCUAUGUCGCGCCGUUUAUACCUUUAUGACGCUGUCCGUAUGGGUUUAGAUAAACAUACACGUCCUAUUUAUACUUUGGUUCUUAGAAAUGCAUAUCCGGAAGCUGUCGCCCUCCGCCGUUGGCCAUCUGAACCUAAUUGUAUAGCACUAGCAACUCAUCACUGUGUGCUUUUAUUUGAUAUUCGUUGUUCUACUACCAAAAUCGGAUCUGAAGCACGUUGUAUUCUUCCGCCUUUAGAUGUAGCUGGCGUUCGCUCACUUAAUUUUUCUAAAUCAAUUUUAUCCUACGGGACAUCUAGUGGUCGAGUGCAUUUCUAUGAUCUUAGAAAUGAUCAUCACCUUCCAAAACAAUUAGACAUUGGUCCUGGUUGGGUAAAACCUCAAAAUUGUGAUGAUUAUGAAAUACCGGCUGUAGCUUCUUUGUUAAACUCACUAUCUAGACCUGUAGCAUCACAAUCUCAAACAACUACUACUGGUUGGAAUGUGCCUUCUCCACCGCCGUCUCCUGCUCAUCCUGUCCUAAUCACAAGUUCAUCAAAUAUAGUUCGUCCUAUACAACCACAACACCAGCAGCAAUCUCAAAGUGAAGCUUUUGCUACUCAAGUGACUAAUUUACAUCUACGUCUAAAUAGAAUUAAUAAUCGUAUAUUAAAUUUACAUAGUCGACAUAGAGCUUUAAGUAUGUAUCCAAUUAUGAAUCGGUCAACGUCUAGAAGAUCAAAUAAUACGCAUAAUCGAAAUGGUAUAAUUCGGCAAAAUUCUAUUACCACAACAACAACUACUACUUCUGCGGAAGAUGUCGCCACUUCUUCAUUAUCUGAAUCUAAUUUCCCAGAUGUUGAUGAUGAUAAUAAUAACAAUGAUGACGAUGAUAAUGAUGAUGACGGCAACGAUGGUGGUGGUGACGCUGAUGGUGAUGACACUCAUCCUGCAACAAAUAAUGACACGGCCAUUGUAAAUCCUGUAGAUAUAAAUAACAAUGAUAUCAAUGUAUUAUCAUCUGGGGGUGGUCGUGGUCGCGGUGGUGGUGAAUCCCGUCGUAUCACUUUAGGAAUGAACUUUUUCGCUGAUUUAAAUUUUGAUCUUUUCUCAUUUCCUACAAUAUUUAAUCAACGUCGUAUGUUAGCUGUUUACACGCAUGAAUAUGAUCCUUCAGGUACACGUUUAUUUACUGCAGGUGGUCCGAUAGCUUCUACUUUCCAUGGAAAUGUUGCUGCUCUAUGGGAAUGAUGAAAAGUAGGAGUGUGUAUUAUUAUUAUUAUUCACCACCUUCACCAACAGUCUUUCUCUCUAUAUAUGUGUGUGUGCGUGUGUGCAUGUUUACACCUAGAACACUAUUCUGCAGAGUAUAACUUUUUAUUCAAAUAAUUAUUGUUGUGGUUUGUUUUGUGUGUGUGUGUGUUGCCAGAGUUACUUCCUCCUCCUUCUUCUCUUUCUUUCUUACUUUUUUGGGUGGGAAAGUGUUGUUUGUUACUUGUCACCUGCUGAUUUGUCUGAUUUCUUUUUGCACUUGCAGAAUUCUUAUUUAUACUUUUAUUUUGCAGAUAGAUGUGUGCAUAUUUCUCUACUACUUGUCCUAAUUCCUUUAUCUGACAUGAUUUCACAUUCUGACGUUUCUUUUUCUUGAAUUAUUUUGUCUAUUUCGUAACUAAUUUACAAAUUCUUUUCUUAUAUUGUAUUGACCUGCAGGCUGGCUUUAUCAUAACUUAUUAUUAUUAUUUUAUUACCAUUAUUUAUUGAGUCGGUUGAACUUAUAUAAAAUGACCAGCGGAUCUCAUUCAUCCACUACCGUAAUCGUUACAAGAUUAUUACGGCACUCUGACCAAAUUUAUAGUUAAACCAGUCCACUUGAUGAAGUGUGGGUGUGUAUAUUUUCGAUUACUAUUGUGUGAAAUCCUCUAUAUUUUUUAGUGUCCAUGAUAAACGGGUUUUUCAAGCAAAUAAAAACCAAAUAGUUUACUAAAUAUUCCUUUCCUAGACACCUUGUCUGUCCACUAGGCUUUUCCGCCUCUAUACUCAUAUGCACAAACCACAGACAGAGAGACAAAGAGAGAAUAUGGUUUUAGAGGUGUUGUUGUCGUUUUUUCUUUCUUUCCUUCUUUCUUGUAUAAUAUGUACAUACGACUUCUUUUUUCGAUUAUUAGUAAAAUAAAUAAAAGCGUAAUUUUCCCUGUUUCUUUUAUACUUUUGAUUUUCAGUUUUUAAAAAAAACUGCUGCCUGUCUAUUACUAUUGUCAUCAUCGUUGUCUGUGAGUGAUUUUUGUUUAUAUAUAAAACGUUAGUCUAUGUUUUGUACAAACUGUGUGAGUGAAAUGUGGUUGGUGUAGCGUGUUAACCACUUCACGCCAACUGGUUGAUUGCUGACGCAAUCUCAAGAGGGAUUCGUUUGCCAACUUAUGCA